UAAAGUCCCGACAGUCCCUGAAUGCAGCUCAGCCUCGGCGAACACUUCCUCCGAACGGUUCCCCAGCGCCGCCAUUUUGAAUCGAAGCCGCAUCGCCGGAGAGGAAAGUGUCUGCUAAAAGGUGUGACUCCGGAGAGGAGUGAUGUGGGACCAGGGAGGGCAGCCCUGGCCGCAGUGGCCUCUGAGCCAGCAGCAGUGGAUGCAGUCCUUCCAGCACCAGCAGGAUCCCGGUCAAGUAGACUGGGCUGCCCUGGCACAGGCAUGGAUAGCCCAGAAAGAAUCAACGGGAGUAGAGCCGCCGAGCAUACAGCCCAAUGGACAGGACAUCCCCAGUGUUGAACCUGUUGGACAGAGCAAUCACGGUACCUUCCAGGGUGACUCAGCAUUUGGCAGAAUGUGGCAGCCAGAGUGGGGGAUUCAUGGCCAGCCCCCUCCUCCUCCACCACCCCCUGAUCAGACAUGGAAUCCUCCAGGGUCGGGACCAAUGGAAGUGGUGAACCCCAGUGAGGACAGCAACAGCCAGGACAGCGUGGAGUUCAACUCUGAGACCCACCGCGGGGUUUACCCCCAGAACAGCCAUGGGUAUGGGGCACAGCCCGACAGCUACGCCAUGGCCCCCAUGGCCAUGAACCAGUUUGAUUAUCAGCAUGGAGCAGCUUCAACCUUCAACCCCCCGGCACCUGCUGGCUUCCACCCCCCGUACUGGCAGGGUCCUCCUCAGAACAGACGGGAUACCAGAACCCCUGGGUUCAGAGACCGGCCCAGAUCCCCCAUCCAGCUCCCUGUCAAGCCCGAGACCCCAGCUCCAUUAGAUGCCGUCAAAAGACGAACACUGCCCGCUUGGAUCCGGGAGGGUCUUGAAAAGAUGGACAGGGAGAAGCAGAAGAAGCUGGAGCGCGAGCGAAUGGAGAAGGAGCGCUCAGAAAUGACAAAAGACGACAUCAAAGAUCACGAGGCUGACGAACCUGGUGACGGGCCGCGUUUACCCCGCAAGAGUAAAUUUGACAGUGAUGAUGAGGGGAAUGAUGAUAAUGAAGAGGAGGAGAAGGUUUCCAUAAAGAAGGAGUUCUCUGGCCGCAGUCCCUCGCCUCCUGCAGAAGACAGCGAGCCUGAAAUGACCGAGGAGGAGAAAGAGUUCCAGCUGAUGGUCAUCACCAAAACUCUCCUGACGGAGAUUCUUCUCGAGGUGACGAAUGAAGAAAUCCUGCACGUAGCCAGAGAGACUCAUAGAAAAGCCACUCGAGCUCCUGCAAAACAGCUGGCACAGUCAAGUGCACUGGCUUCUCUGACUGGUCUCAGCGGGCUCGGUGACUAUGGUUCAGAUGAGAGUGAGGAUGAGGAUGGCCGCAGCGUUCGAGGAUCCGAGUCCUCCGACACAGACGAGGAAGAGCUGCGCCACCGCAUCCGGGAGAAGCAGGACGCGUUCCGCAGGAAGGAGCGGGAGAUGCAGCAGCUGCAAGAAAAACAAGCUCAGGAGGCUCUGCUCGCACGAGAAGAGAUGGCAAAGGAGAGGUUGAGCAGGGAAAGGGGAGAAUACGAAGACAGCCAGUUAGAAAAUGCACACAAGCAGGAAGUCAAGGAGAGGGAGGCAGAGCCCUCAGCAGAGAGGCGUAGGUCCCGUAGUGAGAGAGAGGGUAGCGAGGUGAAGCACUCAGGCCGAGGGAAGGAGCGGCCGGCCAGAGGAGCCAGCGACUCCCCUGCCAACGGCCACAGCAGCAGCUCCCGCUCCACCUCCAGCCACAGCAGCAGCCGCUCUUCGUCCUCCUCCUCGUCCUCCUCGGCGUCAUCCCGCAGCUCCUCGCGAUCUUCCUCGCCGCGAAGGAAAAGGAGGCGUAGCCGCUCUUCUUCCCACAAGGCCCGGCGGCGCAGCCGCAGCCACAGCUCCCACAGGCACCGCGGCGAGAAGGUCAGGGACAGGAGGAGGGGCAGCGCGGAGCGGCCCAGCCGCCACAAGAAAGACCGCAGCGACUCCAGAGACCGCAGGAGCCGCAGAAGCAGGUCUAGAUCCAGAGAGAGAGACAGGGGGCGAGGCCGGGGCAGAGACAGCCGCAGUCGCAGCAGAGACAGAGACCGGGACAAGGAGAGGAAAAGGAGCAGGGAGCGCAGGGACGGCAGCCACAGUCGCAGCAGCAAACACAAGCAGAAAGCCUCCAGCAAAGACAGAGAGCGGAGAAGGGACAGGAGUCGCAGCCAUGAAAAGGACAAGAAAAAGAAGGAUAAAGACAAGGACAGGGACAAAGAAAUGGACAAAAAGAAAGAAAAGCCCAAGGCCAAAGAGAAAGAAAGGGAGAAAGGCAGCUCUGCAGUUGCAGAGGAGAAUGGCAAAUCAAAGAAAAGGAAAGAUAGCGACUCAUGCACAGACUCUCAUAGUGACAAACGCUCUCGGCAAGACAGCAAAGCCAGCAAGAAGGGCUCUGCCAAAGCUAGCAAGAGACACUCAGACUCUGACUCCAGUAGAUCCCCCUCCCCUGAAGUUAGCAAGGAAAAGAAGUCUAAAAAAUCCAAACGUAGUCGCUCAAGGUCGGUGGAAAAAUCUCACAAGUCUGGUAAGAAGGCAAGCCGCAAACACAAGUCUAAGUCGCGAUCAAGGUCUACGUCCCCCUCCCGUCGUAGCAGACGCUGAGGAGCACAGUUAACACCCUGAUCUGUGCAUUUUACCAUUUUAAAUUCCAUGAGUUGAGCAGCCUUGUCUCAUUGUAGAGGCAGUUGUGUAGGUGAAACCCUCCCGUCAUACAUUUCUUUCAUUGUAAAUAUGUUCUUUUUAAAGUGUGACUGGCAAACGACACAUUUCGAAUGGUAGGAGCUUUCAUUGGUAUCAUUUUGCAAAAUUUAUUGAGACACUAAAAAGGCAAGUUGUUCCAUUUUAAAACUUAACAGGAUUCACAUUUUUCCAAACAUUAUUGUAAAUGUCCAAUAAAAUUUGUCUCUCUUCACUCUCCA